AUUUCUUUUUUUUCUUCUUCAACAACUGUUACAUUACUUAAACAAACAAACAUGGGAACAGCAUGUGGUUAUGGAGGAGGCAUAGUUGAUGCCCUGAAUGCUAAUUUCUAUGGAAAUGGUACUCAAACUUUGGUUCUAGCUCACGGAUAUGGCACUGACCAAACGGUGUGGCGUUAUCUUAUUCCCUUCCUUGCAUGCUACUUCAAGGUGCUGGUUUUCGAUUUGCCUUUCGCCCCAAAUGUAAGGCCUUCUUCUCUUUAUGAUCCAAAGAAGUAUUCAACCUUUAAUGGAUAUGCUCAGGACUUGGUGUGCCUUCUUGAUGAGCUCAAUUUGAGCAAAACUAUUUACGUGGGUCAUUCCAUGUCCGCCAUGAUUGGAUGCUUAGCUGCAACAAAGAAACCUCAACUCUUUGAACAUCUAGUCCUACUGGCUGGUUCUCCAAUGUACUUGAAUAAAGAAGGGUACGAAGGAGGGUUCACUAGAUCAGAACUGGACAAAAUCUUUGAAUCAAUAAAGCAAAACUUUUCAGGGUGGGCACACAGCUUUGCUCCAUACGCUAUUAGCGCAAACGAUCCUGCUGCAGUUGCAGAAUUUGAAUGCAGUCUGCUAAGAAUGAAACCAGAAGUUGCACUAAGUGUUGCUAAAACAGUGUUUCUAAGUGACCUCAGAUGUGUUCUGCCACGAGUUCGUGUGCCAGCUUCCACCAUAAUUCAGACCAGAAAAGACCCUAUUGUUCCUGUAAACGUUUCUUUUUACAUGCAGAAAGAAUUGGGUUCUCUUUCCAAAGUCAUAAUUCUAGAAACAGAAGGUCAUUUUCCUCAGCUGACAGCUUAUCGUUCGUUGUUGCAAGCUCUUAAGGAUUCAUUGUCUCUGAAUUGAAGUCACAUUAUUAACAAGUCUGAGAUGGUAUAAAAUUAAUUAAUGUUCAAGUUAAAACAUAUGAUUACAGAACAAGGGGAAAACAAGGUGAUAAUUAAUUAAGUGUACGUGUGUGAAACUUUGGAUUAAUUGUAAUGUAACCUCGAUAUAUUAAAAUAAAUGAUGUUGUGAAAAAGAAAAAUCUUGGGGAUAGGAGUCUCUAGUUAGCAGUAGCUAUUAUAUUACUCCAAUUUAUUGUCAUUUCUAAUUGUAAUUUAAUUAUUCUUAUUUUAAGUUUU